AUUUUGCUGAAUUAACUUCAAAACUCUCCAAACAUGAGAACACCUGCCAAACAGAUCAUUGAAAGGAAGAAUUCUUUUCAUGUUUUAUAACCAUCUCUGGUUAAAUUUCUUCACAAAAGAAGAAACCAGCUGAUUUGUCCAGAGUGGUGCAGUAGUUUGGUUCAACAUGCGUUCCUGUCAUUCCUUCAAUGUCCGGGUGCUGGUGGCUGUUGUGUGUGGGCUGCUGACAGGUGUCGUUUUGGGCCUGGGCAUCUGGAGGUUGGCAAUAAGGAUCAGCAGAGGCCUAUCUGCUUCUGUGCCGAGCACCCCUGUACAGUUCUGCAGGAAUGGUGGAACCUGGCAGAACAGCAGGUGCAUUUGUACUGAAGAGUGGACAGGGCUGAGGUGUACAAUUGCUAAUUUCUGUGAAAACAGUACCGCCCUGAACUUUACCUUUCCCAGAAUUGCAGUGGGCAGAUAUGGAGCUUCUCUGGAAACAUGUGGUGUGAACACUGCAAACGCGGGGACUCCUAGAGCAACUCGGCUGUGCAGUAUUUCUGAGUAUGGAGAGAUAAAAUUGGAAGAUGCAGUGAUAGGAAACUGUGAAGAAAAUCUGGAGACACUAGAAAUGCAGAUAGACAACAUCACCACAGAAUCUACGGCUAUUUCUUCAGAAGCCCAGAUUUUAACAGCUAAUGCCAGAAUAUUAACUCCUGAGAACAUCACUUCUGCUACUAGAGUGGUUGGACAGAUCUUCAAUGAAAGCAGAAGGGCUGAAGAGCAGGCAAAAAGAGUCGCUAUAACCACGGUGAGUCAGCUUCUGGAUGCCAGUGAAGAUGUUUUUCAAAAAGCCGCCAUGAUUGAUAAUGAGGACUCCUUUUCCACGCUUAUUGAGCAGAUGGAGUCCUACUCCUUUUCUCUGGGUGAUGAAUCAAUAGUGGAACCUAACAUAGCAAUCCAGUCAGUCACGCGAGGCGAUGAUGCAGGGUCAAGUGUUCUCUUCUCCGUGCAGAAAGGAUCGAGUGGUUCUCUAGUUUCUGGUGAGACAUCCAUUGAUAAAACUGCAGACAGACUCACUCCAAACGGACAGACUGAACUUCAGAUCCUGCUUAAAACCGGGGAAAACUAUAAAAAUUCAUGUGGUUUUGUAGUGUACCAAAACCACAAACUUUUCCAAUCAAAAACUUUCACUGCUACAUCAGAUUUUAGUCAAAAAAUUAUCUCAGGCAAAAUAAAUUCAAGUGAUCAAGACCCAGAUGUUUCUGUGGAAAUGGUAUUUAAUCCUGCGUAUGACAAAAGUGAAUUCCAGCUUCACUCUUAUGCCUGUGUCUACUGGAAUUUUUCAAGAAAUGACUGGGACACACAUGGCUGCCAAAAGGAUGGGAGCACUAAAGGGUUCCUUGGUUGCCGCUGCAACCACACAACCAAUUUCGCAGUACUGAUGACUUUCAAAAAGGGUUACCAGUACCCCAAAUCCUUAGACAUAUUGUCCAACAUUGGUUGUGCCCUGUCCAUCGCUGGCCUGGCUCUAACUAUUAUAUUCCAGAUUGUCACCAGGAAGAUCAGAAAAACCUCAGUAACCUGGGUGUUGGUCAGUUUGUGUACAUCAAUGUUGAUUUUUAACCUCCUCUUUGUGUUUGGAAUUGAAAACUCCAAUAAGAAAUUAGUGAUAAAUGAUGCUGACACUACUAAACCUGACACCAAUGAAAUACCUGCGCGAGACACGGUCAACACCCCGAACCCCUCCUGCACAGCCGUGGCUGCAUUCCUCCACUAUUUUCUGUUGGUGACGUUCACCUGGAACGGACUCAGCGCCACGCAGCUCUACUUCCUUCUGAUCAGAACCAUGAAGCCCCUGCCUCCGCAUUUCAUUGCGAUCAUCUCAUUAGUUGGAUGGGGAGUUCCCGCUAUAGUCGUGGGUGUCACGGUGGGGAUUAUUUAUGCCCAGAGUGGAGACAAGUCAUACUGGGAGUUAGACUAUCGGCAAGAGGAAAUCUGCUGGUUGGCCAUUCCCAAGAGUGAUAAUUUUGUAAAAAGUCCAUUUUUGUGGUCUUUCAUCAUCCCUGUAACCAUUAUCCUCAUCACUAAUAUUGUUAUAUUCGUCAUAAUCACGGUCAAAGUGCUGUGGAAGAACAACCAGAACCUGACGAGCACAAAAAAAGUUUCAUCCCUAAAGAAGACUCUUAGUACAUUAUCUAUUGCCGUUGUUUUUGGAGUCACCUGGAUUUUUGCAUAUGCUAUGCUAAUCAAUGAUGAUAACAUAAGGAUUGUUUUCAGCUACAUUUUCUGUCUUUUCAACACCACUCAGGGACUACAAAUCUUCAUCCUCUAUACUGUUCGAACCAAAGUAUUUCAGAGUGAAGCGUCCAAGGUGUUGAAGUCACUGUCAUCAUCCUUUGACAGAGUGAAGCCAUCGGCUUCAUGGAUCCCGCUGAGAUUGCGUAUGAGAAUGUACAAUAUGCUCAGGUCCAUACCAUCCCUGAAUGAACGAUUUAGGCUACUGGAGCCAUCUAUAGUGUCCGAGGAAACAUCAUUAUCUUGAGAGUGACCAAACGAAGGCAAGUGCCUAUAAGAUUGUUCCCUAUGAUGGUCUUUUUGUCCAACUCCUAAAAUUUGUGUCUGUUUAUGUCACUCUACUUCUUCUAGAAUGUCUUCCUAAAGACACAUUAAAACUUGAUGUUUCUUAUGACAAGAAUAGUGGAUUUGGUAGGGUUUUUGUGGUUUUUACUAGCCUAUUACGUGAUUCAAGUCAAGAAUUCCACAUAGUAUUCAAGAUGACCAUUGUUAUGUCAUUAGAUCUGCAUGGUACACUUUGAUAGUCAUGUAGAACUUACAACAAAUUCCUUCCCAACUUAUUAAAAAAGACAUGAAGAAAAAUUACCUUCUAGAAGAAACUGACUACUGAUAAAUACAGGGAGUUGUUUGCAUACAUUACACUUUUGCA